UCGACCACCCAUGUGAUGGGGCGGGGCCUAUAGCUGUAGGCCCCGCCCAUUUUACACACGUGGAUCUCGAGUGGGCCUUUAAACACGCACUAACCGCUGAAGUGGAGUGAUUACUGCCAGUCGAGGAUUGUUCAACUGUUCCAACGAACCUGUUUCAGUCCGCAUACGAGAUGAGUUCCUCCAGUACCGAUCAAUGCAUCGACCAUCUCCUAAGUGCGGUGGAGAGCGAAUUUCAGAAGGGCAGCGAGAAGGGCGACGCUUCGGAGAGGGAUAUUAAACUGGGCCUAGAAGAUGGGGAGCUGUGGACAAAAUUUAAAGAAUUGACCAACGAAAUGAUCGUGACUAAGACUGGCAGGCGCAUGUUCCCCGUGCUUAGAGUAAAUGUGUCUGGCCUUGAUCCCAAUGCGAUGUAUUCCGUCCUGCUGGAUUUCGUGGCGGCCGACAGCAAUCGGUGGAAAUAUGUUAACGGAGAGUGGGUUCCAGGAGGAAAACCCGAACCCCAGAGUCCGAGCUGCGUCUACAUCCACCCAGACUCACCCAAUUUCGGAGCGCACUGGAUGAAAGCUCCUGUCUCCUUCAGCAAAGUCAAAUUGUCUAAUAAACUCAACGGGGGAGGACAGAUAAUGCUGAACUCCUUGCACAAGUACGAGCCCCGCAUCCACAUCGUGAAAGUCGGGGGGAUUCAGAAGAUGAUCAGUAGUCAAUCAUUUCCCGAGACGCAGUUCAUCGCAGUCACUGCUUAUCAGAACGAGGAGAUCACAGCACUGAAGAUCAAGCACAACCCAUUUGCUAAAGCUUUCCUGGAUGCUAAGGAGAGAAGUGACCACAAGGAUGUGUCUGAGCACAGCGGCGAUAGUCAGCAGUCUGGAUACUCACAGCUCAGUGGCUGGUUUCUGUCUGGAAACGGCUCCAUCUGCCCCAGUAGCAGCCCUCCUCAGUUCAGCGGUGGCCCCCUCCCUUCUGGCUCCUACUGUGAGCGCUACUCUGGCCUGCGGGCCCAGCGGGCCUCCCCCUACCCCAGUCAUUACUCUCACCGCAACACCAGCACCAACAACUACAUGGACAACGGCUCUACAAGCCUGUCUCCCCAUGACGCCUGGCCCCCCCUGCAGAUCCCCAACUCGGCCCCAAUGGGCCCCCUGCCCCACACUGCCAAUCCCACCACCAACGCCAGCCAGUACCCCAGCCUGUGGUCCGUGACUGGGGCGUCCCUGAGCCCCUCGAGCUCCACUGCGGGUGGCCUGACGUCUCAGUUCCUGCGUGGCUCGUCGGUGUCGUAUUCUGGCCUGACGGGCUCGUCCCUUCCGGCCUCCUCACCCUCGUCCAUGUACGACGCGGGACUGGCCGAGGUCGGUGCUGCCGACGCCCAGUUUGAGAGCUCCAUCGCCCGACUCACCGCCUCUUGGACCACGCCCGUGGCACAGAGCUACUAAGCCGGCAAACUACGGGCCUUCCCUGGGAGUAAUGGCACUUCCUCUCAUUGAGCCCGCAUGGGUGUGACACGGAGUGUUUUGUCUCUCAGAGGAUGCCGCGUGUUUAGCGUGGACAGAGCGGACCUCCACCGCACACCCAGUCCGAUCCAGAGUAAGCGGGACGGUCAGCUUCAGCAGGAGGCAGAGUAAGCAGGCUGCCAAAGAAACUGCCGUCUGGGCUCUCAGGCUCCACACACUCUGUCUCCGCAGCUGAAGACUCACUGAGGCCUUAUUUGCAUCGUGUCGUUCCGGAUUACCUUAAACGAAGAGGUACUGCUUUAAAUGCUGUGUGAUUGGUCAGAGGGGCAGUCAUUCUUGUUAUCCCUCAAGGAUUCCAAGAUAGGAUCACUGGAAACCCUCCUUAAUUUGUGUUUAAUAAAAGAUGAAACUACUGUAGUUGAAGCUCUAGCCGUGUAUGUAAGAUUAACACAGAUUAAUUGAUAGGCUUAAGAUAAACCUAACUUGUUGUUUCAUGAAAGAUGUAACAUGCCCGGUGGGUGCCAGUCUGAGCAGAGCAGACGUGUCACAUUUGUGCAGAAAAUCAUUGCUUUUUAUUCCAAAAGAACAAAACACAGAUGUGUGUGUGUAUGUAUAUAUUUGUCUGCUUGUACCUGCAUUGACCCUCUGUAAACCUUAUUUAUGUAAUUUUAAAAGUAAAUUAUUUUUUCCUUUCAAAGCAUGGUCGAGGUGAUCUUUCCUGCUCUGUGUGUGUGUCCCUGCCUCCAUCGCUUCACACACCAUUUACUGCUUCUUUCAAGGUUUCUUUAAAAAAAUAAUUGAAAGCAUUCCCUUCUGGACUGUCUGACACAAGGGAUGCUGGGAUGUGUACCAUUGAAACAAUUCAUGAAUAAACUUGUCAAAUGUU